UAUUUAAUGCUCAAAACGUAAAUAGCUAGCACUAGUUGUUGAAGAAAGCACCAAACCAGGCUUUCUCCCUUGACUUUUUUCUUCACGCUAGAUCCCCAAACCCCUUCUACCUCACCUUGUAAGCUCCACUCUCCAAAACCCUGCGGAGUUUUCGAUCCAGAAACGCUUAAAACGUAUCGAUAACAAUUUUUUUCCUUUACUAGUUAUAGUCUUUGACCUUGAUCUCCUCAUCAACAAAUCUAAACUCUAACCAAGAAGGUCAUAUCGAGAGCACUGGUUUUGAGUCCAUGGCCGUCGUCUGGGAUCCAAGUCUUAUGUGUGUCGGUAAAAACCCAUGUUUGGAUUUGAAGAAUCGGGUUUUUGGUACCCCGGUUUUCGCUGGCGGGUUUCGCUGUAAUGGAGGGAAGUUGAAGGGAAAGAUUGGGAUUGGAGUAAGGGCGGCGGUGCAGGUGGGUGUGGAGGGAUCGGAGCGUUUGCGUGAUUUGAAAGGUUUAAGGGGGGUUUUUGGGUUUGAUGUGGUUUCGGAGGGGGAGUUGAGGGAGAAGGGGUUUCUUGGGAUGAGGAAGACGAAGCUUGUGUGCACGAUUGGGCCGGCGUGUUGCUCGUUGGAGGAUUUGGAGAAGUUGGCGUUGGGAGGGAUGAAUGUGGCUAGGCUUAAUAUGUGUCAUAAUGGGAGGGAGUGGCACCGGGAUGUGAUUAGGAAGAUUAAGCGUUUGAAUGAGACAAAAGGGUUUUGUGUUUCUGUCAUGAUUGAUACUGAAGGCAGUCAGAUUCAUGUGGUGGAUCAUGGGGCUCCUUCCUCUGUCAAAGCAGAGGAUGGUUCAAUCUGGUUGUUUACUGCUCAAAAGUUUGAAGGUUCGCGUCCAUUCACAGUUCAAGCUAACUAUGAAGGUUUUUCUGAAGGUAUUGAGGUAGGAGAUGAACUUGUUAUCGAUGGUGGAAUGGCAGGCUUUGAAGUCAUUGAAAAGAUUGGGAGUGAUUUGCGUUGCAAGUGCACGGACCCUGGUUUACUCCUUCCUCGAGCCAAAUUUAGCUUUUGGAGAGAUGGGAAGCUUGUGGAUAGGAAUAAUGAGCUUCCUACUCUAUCAACAAAGGAUUGGGCUGACAUUGAAUUUGGGGUUUCUGAAGGUGUCGAUUUCAUUGCCAUGUCAUUUGUAAAUGAUUCGGGUUCUGUCUGGCAUCUCAAGAACUACCUCUCCACCAAAUCAUCUAAAUCCAUGAAAGUAUUGGCAAAGAUAGAGAGCUUGGAAUCUCUAUAUAAAUUGGAAGAAAUUGUAGAGGCUUCAGAUGGAAUUAUGGUGGCCCGGGGUGACCUUGGGGUUGAAAUCCCACUGGAAAAGAUUCCUAUUAUGCAAGAAGAAAUAGUUAAUGUUUGCAGGCAACUAAACAAACCAGUGAUUGUAGCUUCUCAACUUCUUGAGUCCAUGAUUGAAUAUCCCACCCCAACACGUGCUGAGGUUGCAGAUAUUUCUGAAGCAGUUCGGCAGUAUGCUGAUGCCUUGAUGUUAUCUGGUGAGUCAGCUAUUGGUUUAUAUGGACAGAAGGCUCUUUCAGUAUUGCGGAUGACCAGCAGCCGAAUGGAAACAUGGGGUCGUGAGGAAAACCAACAAUGUCUUCUCCAUCAGCAUCAACUAGGAGUAUCAUUGCCCGAUCGCAUUGCUGAGCAGAUAUGCAAUUGUGCUGCAGAAAUGGCUAAUAAACUUGGCGUGGAUGCCAUCUUCGUCUACACAAAGCACGGACACAUGGCAUCACUCCUGUCGCGCAACCGUCCAAACCCUCCCAUAUUUGCAUUCACGAACAAUGAUGAUACCCGCAUGGCUCUGAAUUUGCAGUGGGGAGUAAUUCCGCUCCUCGUUGAUUUAUCAGAUGACAUGGAAGCUAACAUCUCAAAAACCAUUGAUCUGGUCAAAACAAGGGGAAUGUUGAAACAAGGAGAUUCUGUUUUGGUGGUCUCAGAUGCCCUUCCAACUCGUGCAACCCCAAUGGCUUCCCAAUCAAUCCAGGUCAAGACCAUCGCUUAGCAUAGGCCUUUGAGUCCAGUACUGCUGCAAGAUGUGUUUGCUCUUUUCUGCCACUUUAGUGAAACACGACUUGUGUGUUUUAGUAUGGCCGUAAUCUAGUAGAGUAUUGAAAUGUUUAAGUUUUGUUUUAGUUGAGAGUCGAGUAUUGAAUGUGUAAGUUUUGUUUCAGGUGAGCUCGAGCUUAAUUAUCAC